UUAAUGUCAAUAACAUCAAACAGACACAGAUAGAGAGAGACGAUUGUACUUGGGAAAAAAAAAAUAAUAAAUAAAGUGAAGACAAAAGAAGAUAAAAUCUCAGUCGAAAAAGGAAUGCUAUAGUGCGCCUAGUUACUGCUACAGUGGGCCAUGGGUGAAGAUGGAGCGGCCGAGGCGGCCUCCUCCGGCGGUGGAGGAGCGAGAGCGGAGGCACAAUACGCGGCGGCGAAGACAUCGGUUUGGUGGGACAUCGAGAACUGCCAAGUCCCCAAGAACUUCGACCCCCACGCCUUGGCGCAGAACAUAAACUCAGCCCUGGUGAAGAUGAACUACUGCGGUCCCGUCUCCAUCUCUGCCUACGGCGACACCCAUCGCAUCCCCUCCUCCGUACAGCAAGCGCUCUCCAGCACCGGCAUAGCCCUCAAUCACGUCCCCGCCGGGGUUAAAGAUGCAAGCGAUAAGAAAAUUUUAGUUGAUAUGCUGUUCUGGGCUGUGGACAAUCCUGCCCCUGCAAAUUAUUUACUGAUUUCUGGUGAUAGGGAUUUCUCUAAUGCACUCCAUCAGUUGCGCAUGAGGAGAUAUAAUAUCCUUCUAGCUCAACCACUAAAAGCAUCUACCGCUCUCAUUGCGGCCGCAAAGAGUGUAUGGCUGUGGAUGAGCCUAGUUGCUGGAGGAUCCCCGCUUACCUGUGCUGAAUCAUCACAACUUUCUAUUAGUACAAAUAAUGAAAUGUUGCGGAACCCUUCUUCCAACCCUGAUCAAAUUGAUCAACCUGCAUAUUCCAACUCCGGAAGUCUUUACUUGGUAAAUCAGAAGUUCAGUAAUCCUGGAAGAGUUGGUGAAAGUAAAUAUAAAGGGAAAUACAUUUUGAAAGACCCAACUCAGCCCAGCAAAACAGCUUCAAGUGGCCCAGUUGAGAUCCAAGGAAUUAAGAAUGAUGACUGCUCUCAGCUGCCAGAUAAUGCACCAGGAAAGAUUUUUAAGAAAGCUCCUCACGAAUUUUUUGGUGCUAGCAAGCCUGUCAUCUCUGAAAGUAGGUCUGCCCCCAAUUUAUUUUCUGUCAAUCUUGAGUCUUCAGGGAACAAUUGCAGUAAUUUUGCGGAAAUUUCAAAAAAUCAAUUUCCUCAACCUCGACCAGCCCUCAAUUUAUUUUCUAGCAAUCUUGAAUCUUCAGGGAACAAUCGCAGUAAUUUUGCGGAAAUUUCAAAAAAUCAAUUUCCUCAACCUCGACUGACUUUUGCAACAGACAACUGGUUUGAACCAAAUUCACGUAACAAAAUUUUCCAUCCUAUGCCUCCUAAAUCUGAUGGUUUUAGAUUUUCGUCCGCCCCACUUGCAAAUAUGUCUGAUAUUGGUAGGCUUACCAUGUCCGAAUACCCCAACUAUUCUCAGAAUAUUCCAAAUUUUAAUCAAAGAUUUGAGUCCCCAAACUUAACCUACAAAAAUAUACCACAGAAAAGUGAUAUUCUGCAGCCGGGCCAGCCAUUUUACCAUGAUACUAUGAACAAUAGGUAUCCUCGUGGUCCUGAGUUUCCAGUCCCUUUGCCAUCCUCAAUGGUUGCUAAUCCUGUUUCUGGUAAUGGUUUCUGGGGAACUCAAGGAUGUCCACAACCAUAUAUUCAAGGCCUUAUAGGGGUUAUCUUACUUGCCCUAAAUUCCUUAAGAGUUGAAAAGAUUUUGCCUACUGAAGCAAACAUAACCGAUUGCAUUCAUUAUGGUGAUUCAAAACACCGCAAUAUUGAAGUGAGGAAGGCCCUGGAUUGUGCAAUUGAGCAACAUAUGAUAGUUAAACAAAACUUAGGUGCGGUGCAGCUGUAUCUUGGUAAAAAUGAGAAAGUAUGGAAGUGUGUGAACCUCCUUGGGGGUAAUCCUAAUCAGUACCCGAAGCCAACAUGGAAUGGAAUUCAGAAAUUUCUGUCUUCUGCUGCUGGACGUUCAGCAAUAAUGGCUUCUAAAUGCAGGUAUGAAGCAGCUUUGAUUCUGAAAAAUGCAUGCUUAAGAGAGCUCGCUUUGGGCAAUGCACUCCAGGUCUUAAACAUGAUAAUCACUGUGAAGAGGUGGAUUAUACAUCAUCAGUCGGGAUGGCAACCAAUUACUAUUACCCUGGCAGAAACUAAUACUGAGACAGCAUAUACAUUCACUAGCAAGUUAUGUUUCUAAGGACUAGUUCCAGGUAUAUACAGUCUGAAAAUGCAGCCAUCAUGUUUUUGUUGCUGAUUUGUAAUGUUUACGAGCUGUGGAGAUUUGUCUGAUGAUGCUGAACUAAGGCUUCUGUUAUGUCCAUUUAUUCUACAUGGUGGUGCUAGUCUGCAGGAAAAGAUUGAAGCAACUAUGUUGUAACCAUGACAGCCUUCUUUUAUGUUGAUGACAGCAAGAUUGAGCUGGAAGGGUACUGUUUUUGUGUGGUCAAGAUCAAUAAAGUACAAAAUAUUAAUAGUACCUUGCUAUACAUUAGUGAGCAUGGAAGAUAUAUGUAAACCUGCUAUGCAAAUGAAGCUUUGUCCCAACAUUUUGAAGUUUGAAUCUUUUGUAUUCAAAAACUUGUUUUCAGGAAAAGUAUUUUCCUUAA